AUGAACGACCUCUUCUCGUCGAACUCGUUCAAGAAGUAUGCGGACGCGAGCCCGGCGCCGUCGGCGGGCGACAUGGAGACCGGCGGCGAGAGCGUGGUGAACCUGGACAAGUUCUUCGAGGAAGUGGAGGCCGUGAAGGAGGACAUGAAAGGGCUGGAGGGCAUGUUCAAGCGCCUCCAGUCCACCAACGAGGAGACCAAGACGGCGCACGACGCCCGCACCGUCAAGUCCCUCCGCGCCCGCAUGGACAAGGACGUCGAGCAGGUGCUCCGCCGCGCCAAGGCCGUCAAGGGCAAGCUCGAGGAGCUCGACCGCUCCAACGCCACCUCGCGCAAGGUGCCCGGCUGCGGCCCGGGCUCCUCCACUGACCGCACCCGCACGUCCGUCGUCGCCGGCCUCGGCAAGAAGCUCAAGGACCUCAUGGACGACUUCCAGGGGCUGAGGGCGAGGAUGGCGGCGGAGUACAAGGAGACGGUAGCGCGGCGGUACUACACGGUGACGGGGGAGAAGCCGGAGGACAGCACGAUCGAGGCGCUCAUCUCGUCGGGGGAGAGCGAGUCCUUCCUGCAGAAGGCCAUCCAGGAGCAAGGGCGCGGGCAGGUGAUGGACACCAUCUCGGAGAUCCAGGAGCGGCACGAGGCCGUGAAGGACAUCGAGCGCAGCCUCAUGGACCUGCACCAGGUGUUCCUCGACAUGGCCGCCCUCGUCGAGGCGCAGGGCCACCAGCUCAACGACAUCGAGAGCCACGUCGCGCACGCCAGCUCCUUCGUGCGCCGGGGCACCGUCGAGCUGGAGACCGCGCGCGAGUACCAGAAGAGCAGCCGCAAGUGGAUGUGCAUCGCUGUCCUCGCCGGCAUCCUGCUCGUCGCCGUCCUCAUCCUGCCCGUGCUCGUCAACCUGCGCAUCUUGACGCUCCCCACCAAACGAUGA